AUGCAAACGAGUUGGGUCCUUGCACAAAAUGUGGAAGCGAAAUGCAAGAAAAAAGAAAAAGGGACCGUGGAGGCGAAUUUAGACCAGUUUUCCGGUGCCCGAGAAAAAGCUGCCACACAUCGAGAUUCUGUCAUCUUGCUCACCGGACAUUCCAAGCCUACGGUGAUUGACUGGUUCAAUAUGUGCCGUGAAGUAUGUAGAGCAAUGGCAUCUCAAACAGUUCGUGGCCAAAUCGUAGGAGCCCAGGAUGUUCCCGUCCAGAUCGACGAGGCGCGUUUUGCUGGCCUUAGAAAAUAUAACCGAUGUAGAAUGUUGCAAUCACCUGUCUGA